AUGAACGUUUCCCAAAACCUCUACGCCCUCCUGCCCAGGACUUCACCACUGAAAGGCAAACACUUUCGGACAUGCGCCAUUGUGGGCAACUCAGGCAUCCUGUUGAACAGCAGCUGUGGAGAGGAGAUAGAUGCUCACAACUUUGUGAUAAGGUAAUGGUGGUUUCCAUGAAGCAGCACUCAGCUUUGAAGAAGGCCCUUCUCUUUAAAAUAACCCCCAACCAAACCAUGCAUCUCAACUAGGGGUGGGGGAGAAAUCCAAUUCUGUUUGCAUUUAAAUGAACCGUAGACUUGGUAGAGAACCCCAAGGAUCAUCUAGUCAAAGGCAGAAUAGAUUAGGGGGGUAGACAAAUUCACGGAGGAUGAGGCUUUGAAGCUUUGAAGGCAGUAGUUUAGUGAGAAAUUCAGAAGUGCAUGACAGUCACAGCCACUCCCCACUUACAGCCACACCUUUUCUAAGCUGAUACCGCCUGCCAAAAUUAUACAGUAAUCUUGUAAUUAUACAAUAAUCACAUUAAUAAUAAUAAUAAGAGAUGCAUUGUGUAGAGAUGCAUCAGUGCAGAUCUCCAUGUGUUGCCUUUCAGCAACUUUCCAUGCACAUACAUGGGCAAACGAUUUGCAGUGCUCCAGUAUCUUCUUUCGGAGUGAAUUAAUAUGCAUUUUUUUUGACGUUCCACUGUACGUAACAGAACUUGAACACCAUUCUCUUGAAACGGAAGCCCCUUGUGUUUUGAGUGUUCCUAAAUGCUUCAUUUAGCCACAUACGGUGGCUAAAAAGCUCCCCUUUCAUGCUGACUGGGCAGCUCUAGGAUGCCGGGGGCAGGUACCCUGAUUAAGAAAUAGUAAAGGGUCUUCAACCUCCAAGGACUCCAGACUAUUACACCACUACAUGAAGGCUGUAUCACCUUCAUGAUCAGACAGAGCAGUUGCUGGGAAACUGAGCAGAAGAAUGCUAUUGUGCUCAUGUCUUGCUUGUGGGCUUCCCAACUGGGCCAUGUGGUUGGCCACUGUGAGAAUUGAAUGCUGGACUAUAUGUCCCUUGGUCUGGUCCAGCAUGGCUCUUCUUGCCUUGUUCUUAACUUCUGUGGGUUGUCUGUAUGACUUUUACACAAUGGGAAAGGAAGCAUGAAGCAAUGGGGGCUGAGGCGCUUCAUCCCUCUUGUGGAUUUACCAGUGCUUCAAGAUAAGAUGGUGACCAUUGCUGACAUGCUACACAGGGAGGUGGGAUUCCUUGUCCAAGUGCCACGUUCUUGGCUGGGCAACCUUCUUCUGCCCAUGGCCUCAUGCACCACCACUCCUGACAUGAAACCCAUAGGAAGUUUCCCGGAAAGGAAUGGAACCCUCGGGUCAGAAAGGUUUUUUCCUCGCCAAAAAAUAGACCCAUUCCCUGAUCAUUUCAGACCCUCUUUUGGUGCCUGCUCUAAUGUCCACUUCCUGGAUGUGUGCCCUGACAUUUCCCCUUCCAGGUGCAACCUCGCCCCGGUCCAAGAGUACACCCGGGACGUGGGGACCAAGACAGAUCUGGUGACCAUGAACCCAUCGGUCAUCCAGCGUGCUUUCGAGGACCUGGUGAACGAUACCUGGCGGGAGAAGCUGCUCCAGCGCCUGCACAGCCUCAACGGCAGCAUCCUCUGGAUCCCAGCCUUCAUGGCCAAAGGAGGCAAGGAGCGUGUGGAGUGGGUCAACGAGCUCAUCCUCAAGCACCGCAUCAACGUCCGCACCGCCUAUCCAUCCCUGCGGCUGCUGCACGCCGUCAGAGGGUGAGGAACUCUGCACCCCGGGCCAAAAAGGCCCUCAAAAUUUGGCUCUUGGGAGACAUGCAGAGCAGUUCCUGGUGGUCUUCGUCUUUAAUGCUUUAGUGCAGGGAUGUGGGGUGAGGGACGUCAAGCCCUGGGGUCAAAUCCAGCCCUCCAAGCUUCUCUAUUCCCCAGGCCACACCUCUUCUCUCUAGGCCAUGCCCCUCACAGGCCCUGCUUUACAAGAAUAAAACUCACCUUCAUUGCUCUGCCCACCUUGGCUUUGGCCCUGUCUACUCCUAGCAUGUGGCCCUCAACAGGUUGUUGAGAAGGGAAUCCAGACCUCAGUCCAAAAUAGGUUCCUUACUCCUGCAUUAGCAUGUAUUUAUCUGAAUUUGAGCAGAGAUGCAGAGAGAAAAGGGUGCUUAACUUUCCUUGUGGGCUGUUUUACUGAACAAAAUCACCAACACCCAACUGUGUGUCGUUGUUGUUGUUUUAACGUGUAGGGGAUUAUAUACCAGCUCUACGUAUCUUUUUCCCCUGCUGGAAGAUAAAGCAGUUUGAAGGGGUACCUUGCUUCCAUGCUUGCUUGGUUUUGAUCAGCAGACAAACAGCCUGCAAGGAAAAAGCAACGCCCCUCUUCCCAGGCCAUCCUCUGGUGGCACUGAUCAAAGAUGAAGUCCCAGCAGAGGCAUCCCAGUUAAACCAAGCCUGCCUCACAUCUCCCAUCAGGGAUGACACUCACAAAUUCAGUUUUGAGAGAUGGCUUCUAAAAACUGUACACCGUUCAGAGCCUUCAGCAAAACAGCAUGUUCUGAGAUUGUUUGCUUCAUGUUCAAAUGCCAUGCUCAUUUUAAAAAAGAAAAAGAGAGAGCUAAAAACUAGUGCAAGGGUAGUUCUUCAUGAGCUAUAUUUCUAUGUGCAGGGAGGUUUGUUGGUUGGGUUAGAGAAGGGAUGUGCACACAUAACUCUAUACAGAUCGUACAUUUAAAGAACCCUGGGAGCUGUAGUUUACCCCUCAAAGAACUACAAUUCCCAGCACCCUUGGCAAACUAUUAGGGAGGGAUGUACUUUAAAUGUAUGGUGUUCCCUGGCUCCUAUACCAGGCUAAAUAGCAUGUUUACUCUGAAUGUGUGGAUCGGCACUAAAUAUUGAUGCACACAUAUAUGCAUGAAUUAAUCCCCGCGUCAUCUAUGGUAGGAGAUACAGGUGGGGAUUUCGACCCUUGGCUGUGGCUCUGUUCCUUGUUGCCAACACAAGGAAAAGCAGAAGAGGAAUCACAGCCCAUUGCAUGCAGGUGCACAAGCCUGAAUGGCUCCAGCAACACACACAGGAGAACCCACUAGCCCACAACAGGUGAAGUUUUGCUCUGUCUGCCAACAGGAAUGACACUGUCAACAGUAGCUAAACAUACGAGAGAGAGAGAUUCCAUUUUGCAGUAGGCUUAACCCAGGGUAUGAUGAGGCCUUAAGCUAUUGAAGGUAAUGGGGCCCUUUAUAUGUCCAGCUGUCCUUUGUCAACAACAAAUUGCCGCUGUUUUUUAUGUUGAAUAUAUGCUAUAUGGUAAUUUAUGGACCUAAUAGGUAUCUAAAGCCAUUUGCACAUGCAGAAUGUAGGCACCCUAUAUAUAGAAAUGAGCAAACCAGUGAUAUUUUAGGGAGCAGACUAGCAGGUGGGGCCCAUUACUUACAUCAUAGGAGCCUACACAACACAAAACACUGUUCCUGUAUGUAGGUUUUAUUUUAUUUGCUUUUUAUCUUAUAUUUUGGAAAUGUACAUCCAGGGUUUUUUCCCCUUUAAAUUUUUUUUGUCCCCCCCCCCCCACAAGAGAGUGUGCCCCUAAGCUAUAGCUUGUUUAGCUUAUAUGUAAAUUUGGCACCGGCGUAAUCCUACAUCUCCACAGCAAGGAGAAGGUUGGUGGGUGGGUGGACCGGAAGGGAAACAAGGGUCUGUUACUCAAAUCUGCUCUUUUCCAAGCUGUAAUUAAGUGGAUUUCAUGAAAGAAGCUUUGCAUAUCAACUGGUUCCUAAACCUGUGCUUGCAUCUGUCGCCUCGUGCCAUAAGCUAUCAGCCAGGCUUGCUGCAAUUUGGAGAGGCUCCCUGGAUCCCUGGAGGCGCCACCAGGGCAGACAAGGUGGAGGAUGAGCAGAUUUGGAUCUCCUUUUCUGACUCAUCCUGAGCCAGGAAGAUAUGGGGCCAAAGUGUAAUUGUGCAGAUCAUGGUAGAGAUUGAGUAGGACUGCCAGCUCUUUGUUUCUGGCAGGGGACCUGUGCCUUUAAGGCAUUGCCUAGCAGAAAUUCAACAGCUGUUGUAUUUUGGGGGCCUUGAAAGCCACCUGGGCUAUGCCACGGGGGGGGGAGGAGGGGGAGGAAUUGGUGACAGCGGGGAAGAUUCUUGCAUCUAAAUUUGGAACCGGCUGUCCAGCUGACAAAUCUUCUGUGUACAUUGUCCGUCAAAGGGUUGCUUUUCUCUGCUUGUUUGGUUUUCCGCCCAUGAAACGGUGCCGCAGGCUAGCAGGUCAGAUGGCGAGAGAAGCGCAGAGGGCUUGUCUGUUGCAAAGACACGUCCGCGCUGUAAUGAAUAAGAUGGGAAGGCGGGAUGAGGAGAGCCAACAGCUGGGGCUCGGAAGAGCUAAUUCAAUUAGAGCUCCAAGCCACGGACAAGGUCCACGCUUGCAGCCAAAAAGGCAGCAAGAUGACCAGCUGUCUUGUGGGCAUGUAUAAUAUGUCACUCUGCUCCAAUGGGGAGGGAAGGCAAGAAGGAUGCAAACAGAUGGUUGAUGACUACACAGUGCUGCUCCUUUGCACCCAAGAUGCCAUGGCAUCCUCCUGCCCAGGUAACAAGGGCCCCAAGAGAUCAUCCCAUCCCUUCUAUACCCAGUUGACCAGUGCACUCUCCAGGUGAGGGUCUAAGAAGAUAAGAAGAGCCUGUGGAUCAGGCCAAAUGCCCAUCUCAUGCAGAAUCCACUUCUCACAGUGGCCAACCAGAUGUUCACAAAAGCAGGACCUGAGAACAACAGCACCUCUCUCUUCAUUUGUGCUUCCGAGCAACUGACAAUCUUGCCUCUGACAGUGAAGGUAGAACAGGGUUUCCCAAACCUGGGUCUCCAGCUGUUUUUGCACUACAGUUUCCAUAAUUCCUGGCCACUGUUCCUGCUAGCUAGGGAUGGUGGGAGUUGUCGUCCAUAACAGCUGGAGAUUCAACUUUGGGAAACUCUGAGGUAGAGCUUUCAAGACUGUUUGUGCCUGCAAAGAAGAAGAAGAAGAAGAAGAAGAAGAAGAAGUUGUUAUUAUUUGUACCCCGCCCACCUGGCUAGGUUUCCCCAGCCACUCUGGGUGGCUUCCAACAAAAAUUAAAAAUAAUUAAAAUAUCACACAUUAAAAACUUCCCUGAACAGGGCUGCCUUCAGAUGUCUUCUGAAUGUCAGGUAGUUGUUUAUCUCUUUGACAUCUGAUGGAAGGGCAUUCCACAGGGCAGGCACCACUACCGAGAAGGCCCUCUGCCUGCUUCCCUGUAGCUUUGCUUCUCGCAAUGAGGAAACCACCAGAAGGCCCUCGGCGCUGAACCUCAGCGUCUGGGCAGAACGAUGGGGAUGGAGACGCUCCUUCAGGUAUACUGGGCUGAGGCCAUUUAGGGCUUUAAAGGUCAGCACCAACACUUUUAAUUGUGCUUGGAAACGUACUGGGAGCCAAUGUUAUGUGGUCUUGGUGGCCGCCCCCAGUCACCAGUCUAGCUGCCGCAAAGGUUUAGGGGCAGACCUGCUGCUUCGUUUGCAAUCAGUGCAUGCCCCAUAACCUCCUGCUGAAGUCAUUUUACCUUUUCAUACUCCAGUUGACCCUACGUUUGUUGCGCUUUAGCACAGCAGUGUCCCGUGGCAACAAUGCAGGGAUGCUGGAAAGCAGUGCAGGAGAGCUAAGAAAGCAGAAUGGUGGGUGGUUGGGUGUAACUCUACCACUAAUGCACUAGUGUUGCAUCAGUGACUCGUUGCAGUACAUGCAUGGGGCAGUGGGGGUGGGGGACAGCAGUCCGGAGGGGUCUCUAAGUCACUGUGAUGCCAGGGGGCCUUACCUCCACUGCUGGAGGCAAUGUGUCUCUGAAUAACAGUUGCUGGGAAUCAGAAAUGGGGAGAAGGAAGGUUCUUCUCUUGUUUCUAUGUCAACAUGAGAAAAUCAUCAGGGGUGCACAAUAAAAAGGAUCUCUUGGGGGCCCUUAAAGAGCCCCCAUCAGAUAUUUAAAAGGUAAAGGGACCCCUGAUCAUUAGGUCCAGUUGUGACUGACUCUGGGGUUGCGGUGCUCAUCUCGCUUUAUUGCCCGAGGGAGCCAGCAUACAGCUUCCGGGUCAUGUGGCCAGCAUGACUAAGCUGCUUCUGGCAAACCAGAGCAGUGCACGGAAACGCCGUUUACCUUCCCGCCGGAGUGGUACCUAUUUAUCUACUUGCACUUUGACAUGCUUUCGAACUGCUAGUUUGGCAGGAGCAGGGACCAAGCAACGCGAGCUCACCCCGUCGCAGGGAUUCGAACCGCCGACCUUCUGAUCGGCAAGUCCUAGGCUCUGUGGUUUAACCCACAGCGCCACCCGUGUCCCUAUUAUCAGAUAUUUAUUUUUACAAAUUCUCUUUUUCUGGCUUCGGAAGAAAAUACUCCCUGCCACUAUGGCUUGCUGAAAAGAGGUAUCAAACAGCAGGUCCUCAGCCCUUUUUCCAGCUUCCUGAGUCGACACAAACCUCAGGCUUCAACAGCAAGGCUGAUUGGUGUGGCCAAUUUGGCGGCAGUGGGGGGAAAUAAUUACAGUCUUCCUCAAGACAGGCUCCCUUCCUAAUUAAAACCUGGAGUCUCCAGCAGCAAAAGGUGCACCGUUGAUGUAGCAUCCCAUGUGCACUUGAGGCACCUUCGUUUGGGUCUGCAAAAUUAAUUAGCUUUCUUUACGGUCCUCAGCUGUUUUGCAAAACAGGAGAGCUGUGCUUGGCACCUACAUGGACAGUGUCAAAGCUGACCUGAGUGUGAAGAAAGAGAUAAUGCAGCAAUUUGUUCCUCAUUUAGAAGUCUAGCCAGGAUAUUUUCCCUCCCCAGUUCAAACGUUCUGCCUUCAGUGCUCCCUCUGCACCAACCUCAAGAGAUCCUGCAACACACUAAGGAGGGGCAAAUCUGUCAAUUUCCCAUUUUUCCAAACGAGUUCAGUUUUCCACAGGUCUACAGGUUUGUGAUUAAAAAUAAACAAAUCCUUGUGAUUAUUCUCCAGCAUUUUAGUGCAAAUUUCUCCUAACACACACAAUUUUGUACACACCUUUGCCUAAUAUAAACAUUUUUGCAAUGUUUCUCAUAUGCACAUGUGCAAGCCCACACACACACACACGCACUAUUUUCCCUAUAUAAUGCAUUUUUGUAUGUCAUUUUCACUAAGAGAUGCAUUUACCCAAGUAAAUUGCAUUGUCAAUACACAUGAUUUGGCUGAAGAACUGUAACUGCAAAAUUUGGAGGUGUGAACAUUUUGAAGAAUGGCUGUGUUUCAGAUCGCUUAGAGUUUCAGAAAGUGCAAAUGAGGUCAAUUUGAAUCAAAUUUCUUCCCGGCCUCGGAGUCCCCAUCCUUGCCUUAAAGAGACAGAUUCCCAGGAAAUAAUAAUAAUAAUAAUAAUAAUAAUAAUAAUUUAUUAUUUAUACCCUGCCCAUCUGGCUGAGUCUCCCCAGCCACUCUGGGCGGCUCCCAAUCAAAUGUUAAAAACAGUACAGCAUUAAAUACUAAAAACUUCCCUAAACAGGGCUGCCUUCAGAUGUCUUUUAAAGAUAGGAUAACUGCUUAUUUCCUUCACAUCUGAAGGGCGGGUGUUCCACAGGGUGGGUGUCACUACUGAGAAGGCCCUCUGUCUGGUUCCCUGUAACCUCACUUUUCGCAAUGAGGGAACUGCCAGAAGGCCCUCGGUGCUGGAUCUCAGUGUCCGGGCUGAAUGAUGGGGGUGGAGACGCUCCUUCGGGUAUACAGGACCGAGGCCAUUUAGGGCUUUAAAGGUCAGCACCAACACAGAGGGAAGAGAAGAAAGAAGAGGGUGGACUGAGAUUUAUAGCUCUGUGAGCUCAGCACCCUUAAACUGAAGUUCCCAGGAGUCUUCUUGACUGCUGAAGUUGUCUAAGAGUGCUUUAAUUUUACACAGUGGAUGUGGCCAGCAUUUUCCUUUUGUCUGUCCUUGACCCGCCGCAGUUCACUUUCCUUGGGCGAUGAGUUCCAGCCUUCUUUUCUCUUUUUCCCUCCUAGGUAUUGGCUGACAAACAAAGUGUACAUAAAACGCCCAACCACCGGACUGCUCAUGUACACCCUGGCCACUCGCUUCUGCAACCGGAUCCAUCUCUACGGCUUCUGGCCCUUUCCUCGAGAUCAAGACCAGAACCCCGUGAAGUAUCACUACUAUGACACUCUGAGAUAUGGCUACACAUCGCAGGCCAGCCCUCACACCAUGCCCUUGGAGUUCAAAGCCCUGAAGGCGCUGCACCAGCAAGGAGCCUUGAAACUCACUGUGGGGGAGUGUGAGGGGGCCACGUAG